GAGCCCCAGCCUCUCGAAGUUUKCGGCUGUUACACGGGCUUCGCCCCUGUUGGCGCUUCUCGCCCCGCGUUACUCAGAGAGCCACUUUGGAUCCCCGCCAUGGCAUCUGCUGGGGCCAACCUUCAGAAAGCAAUAGAUCUUGCUAAUAAAGCAGCACAAGAAGACAAAGCUGGGAAUUAUGAGGAAGCCCUUCAACUUUAUCAACAUGCUGUACAGUAUUUUCUCCAUGUAAUUAAAUAUGAAGCACAGGGUGAUAAAGCCAAGCAGAGUAUUAGGGCAAAGUGUACAGAAUAUCUUGAUAGAGCAGAGAAACUGAAGGAAUAUCUGAAGAAGAAGGAGAAAAAACCACAGAAGCCAGUAAAAGAGGGACAGCCAAGUCCAGCUGAUGAGAAGGGGAAUGACAGUGAUGGGGAAGGAGAAUCUGAUGAUCCUGAAAAAAAGAAACUACAGAAUCAACUUCAAGGUGCCAUUGUUAUAGAGCGACCAAAUGUGAACUGGAGUGAUGUUGCUGGUCUUGAAGGAGCAAAAGAAGCACUUAAAGAGGCUGUGAUAUUGCCGAUUAAAUUUCCUCAUCUUUUUACAGGCAAAAGGACCCCUUGGAGAGGAAUCCUAUUAUUUGGCCCACCUGGAACAGGAAAAUCCUAUUUAGCCAAAGCUGUAGCAACAGAAGCAAACAACUCAACAUUUUUUUCAAUAUCUUCCUCUGACCUUGUUUCUAAGUGGCUAGGUGAAAGUGAAAAACUAGUUAAGAACUUAUUCCAGCUUGCCAGAGAGAACAAGCCUUCUAUUAUUUUYAUUGAUGAAAUUGACUCUCUCUGCGGUUCAAGAAGUGAAAAUGAAAGUGAAGCUGCACGAAGAAUUAAGACUGAGUUCCUGGUUCAAAUGCAAGGGGUUGGUGUGGACAAUGAUGGAAUUUUGGUUCUGGGAGCUACAAAUAUACCCUGGGUUCUGGAUUCUGCCAUUCGACGAAGAUUUGAGAAACGAAUUUAUAUUCCUUUGCCGGAAGCCCAUGCCCGAGCAGCAAUGUUUAAACUACACUUGGGCACCACUCAAAAUAGCCUUUCGGAAGCUGACUUCCGAGAUCUUGGGAAGAAAACCGAAGGCUACUCAGGAGCAGAUAUAAGCGUCAUUGUACGUGAUGCACUUAUGCAACCUGUUAGAAAAGUGCAGUCAGCUACGCAUUUCAAAAAGGUUCGUGGACCUUCCCAAGCUGAUCCUAACAGCAUUGUAGAUGAUCUGCUGACACCGUGCUCUCCAGGCGAUCCCGGUGCCAUUGAAAUGACAUGGAUGGAUGUCCCUGGAGAUAAACUUCUGGAACCAGUUGUUUCCAUGUCGGAUAUGUUACGGUCGCUAUCAAAUACAAAACCUACAGUCAAUGAACAUGACUUGUUGAAGUUAAAGAAGUUUACAGAAGAUUUCGGCCAAGAAGGCUAAACCAAAGACAACAAGGAAGAUGUUUACCAUAUGUAUUCUUUCUUUCAUAGAUACUUUUGCCUUUCUUGGGUGGCAUCAGAUUAUUUCCAGUUAAGCUCUUGUACUACAGGGAAAUAUACAUCUCACUUCAGAUUCCUUUAAGUUUUAUACUAUACUUUCCUCCAUUACUUAUUAAAUACUCCAACUAACAAAAAUUGUAAAAUAAUGCAUUUAUAAGGAAAUGAGUAAAAUGUAAAUUGGCAUGAAACUAGAAAUUCCCCGUUAAAAAGAAUAUUGAACAUUGAUUGACACAAAUAUUUAGAAUUUUUUAUGAGUGGUGGACUUAGCAAAGAACGUUUGACUUUUUUUUAAUAAAAUGAAAUAGGGCUUUAUAUUUUGAAAAUAAAUUGUUGAACAUUCUUAUCAAUGUAAAAUUUAC